AUGUCUGCGCCGACAAAUUACUACGCCAUGCGGCCCGCGUUUGAGCUGCAGCUGAACACGCCGCUGCUGGAGGGGCUGGCGGUGAUUGGCCGCUUUGAUGGAAGGACGCCAUCGCUUGUAUGUGCGACAGCGACGCAGAAGCUCGUGAUUCACACAAGUGCGAGUCACGAAACGCUUUUACAAAAGGGCGGCAGCGCGGCACAAAGCACCGUGGCGCCUUUGCGGACGCUAAGCUUUGGUAAGCUGCCCACGGCGUUGGCGGUGGGUCGCGUGCAGGAUACACCCGACAGAGAAGGUGCAGAUGCUCUUUACUUUGGUUCGGCGACCUCACUACUUGCCUAUGAUGUAGAACACAAUAGCGAGUUCUUUUACAAGAACAUGGAGGAUGGGGUACACGCGAUGACGUGGGGUGUGGUGAACACGGUGAAGGGACCUGGCGGCAAUGGGAAUCCGCAGCCGUUGGUUAUAGUGGGAGGUAUCUGCACAAUCAACGGAUUUGACGAGAGUGGGUCAGAGAUGCUGUGGACAGUGACGGGCGACCAGGUCACAGCCUUGGCCCUUAUGCCGUGGAAGGCCAACAACAACAGCCACGGCGGACACACCUCCACUUUCCCCGGCACCCACCCUAGUGACGCUCCCUCCUCGUUGGUGGCUGCCUCGGAUGACUUUGAGUUACGCGUGUUUGACGGGGAGGAGAUCAUCGCCAGCAUCAUGGAGGUGGACAAGGUGCACCAGAUUGUGUACAGCGGGAUUCCAGGCCGGUUUGCGUACUUGUCUGCGAAUGGCACCGUUGGUGUGUACGACCGGACCGAGCGUGUUUGGCGUGUCAAAGGGAGGCACCGACCGGUUUCUGCCGCAUUUUGUGAUGUGGACUUUGACGAUGUGCCUGAGCUUGUUGUUGGGUGGAGCAGCGGACGGGUGGAGGUACGCGGUGAUGACACGGAGAAGCGGGGUGUGUUGUUUAGAGAUACGUAUGCGGCCCCUGUCAGUGCGGUGCUUGCGUACGACUACCGGCAGAAUGGACAGCCACUUCCUCUCAUCUGCACUGUUGACGGAACCGUCCGUGGCUUGCAGCUGGCGAACAAGGUGGGGGAGGGGCGGGAAGAGGUGCUGCGAAGUCAGGGGGCAUUCAAGCUGGAUGCGCUCCUGCGGGAGAAGCAGGCGUUGACCGCCGAGCUUGCCAUCGUGGAGGAGCAGUUGGCCAGAAAGCGCACGGGUGACACGGACGUGACGCUGCCGCAGGUGGGCACAGUGGUCCAGCACAAGCUGCUUCCAAACCCAAAGACUGGACAGCUGGAUGUUGUCUUCUCGGUGCGCUACGGCCAGCACGACAUUAUCAUUCAAGGCUGCAUUCUUCACAGCGAGAUACUGUUCCCCGGUAAAGGGUGCACCUUUUUCACCAUGGAGAACCCCUCAGCGACGCUUGUGUGCCCGGUUAACAUUGAACGGUGUGUAGAGGCGCGGGUGACGGCUUCCGUAAUGGUUGGGGCCACGAACGCCGAGAACUACCAAAUUCACGAGCUCGCACUAGACAUUCCCAAGUUUGUCAUGUACCAGCGGUGGGACAAGGGCCAGGCGACACCGUUCAGCGAGCCAACGGGGUAUGUUACACUGCAGUUACCGGAUGGGUUUUUCUUUACGUGUUUGGGAAAAUGGAUGGAGGAGGCGUUUGCGCUUCCAGGCAGCCCUGCAACGGAGGGUGACUUUCGACUUGAGCUUAUUGACAUGCGGAGUGGUGGUGCUCUGGUGAUUCAAGGACACACGGAGCAUCGUGAGCUACAAAUUUUCGGGGAAACCAUGGAUGUGUGCGGCGAGGUGGUGGAGAGCCUGGGCGCGGCGACGGUGAAUGAGGCCACGGCGGUUUGCCAUUUCCCUGCCGAGCUGCAGAUGCUUCAGGACACUAUUCGUUGCGUGGACGAAUUCAACGCGGUUCGAUUGAAGCUGAGCAGCAGCAUGGCGGACGCUGCUGCAAAUGUAAAACCGCUUCUUCUUCACGCGGAGGACGCUCGGUUGUUGUCCGACAUCCCCAACAUGCGGCGUCUGUACGCGCAGCUAUAUGAUCUCAAUAAGGAGCUUGUUGCGGAGAACCUGAAACGAUACAACAACUACAACGAGUUGAAGGCGGCCCUGAAGCGAAUCAAUGCGUACAUCAUGAAGGCUGGAAGGCUACGCAUUGGGCAGGCCAAGACUCGUCUUAUUGCGGAUUGUCGGGAUGCCGUGAAGGCUUGGGACACCCGCUCGCUUCUCAACCUCAUACGCGCUGGCCAGAACUGA